CAAUCGUGUGAUAGUAAUUGAUUUCUAAAUGCAUUCAUAGAUUCUUCUGUCCUCAUUCAUUUGUAUUUCAGGUUAUCGACAUUCUUAUCCUUCUUAUAGUUACUGUCAUACAUUGCAAAAACUGGCAAAUGGUCACUGAUGUUAUUUAUUAAUAACACGCUCACUAUAUUAUCUUCCAUAACAUUUGUGAAUAUAUUAUCUAUUAGCGUGGCACAGUGAGAUGUAAUUCUGCUAUGUCUAGUGAUUGUUGGAUUAAAGCUCAUACUAUACAUUGCAUUCAUAAACUUUUUCAUUUUAUUUGGAUUUAACAAAUUUAUGUUGAAAUCCCCGCAGAUGAACAUAAACUUUUGAAUUGUUUUACCAAAUAUUUCUUCCAUCCAAUCCUUAAAUAUUUCAAUAUUAGAUCCCGGUGCUCUAUGUAUACAGCUCACAAUUACAUUUUUCUUCUUUUCCAUGCAGAUUUCUAUUGUGACACAUUGUAGCACGUCCACUUACAAAGCCACGCCCCCUCCAUUCUUGUUCUGCCUGUUCAUAUAAUUCAAUUCAUAUACAAUCAACUCAAAGUCCACAUCCUUCUCUGAGCUGAUCCAAGUCUCUGAUAUAGCUUUUAUAUUGAAUGGUUUCUUGAAUUGAUAUAUUCUUUGAUGUUUUCGAAGUUGGCAUAUAGGCUUCUGUUGUUAAAGUGAAUGAUUGAUAUUUUAUGAUCUGACUUAACCUUCAUGUUAAACUGUUCAUCAGCAAUUGUUGUUGAUAUUGUUGAAGAAAUUAUAUUCUGGAUCAUAAUAAUUUUCCAUAUCUUGUGAUUUAUGCUCGGUAUAUUCAAAAGUUUUCAAACCCAGUUUAUCAUAUUCUGUCAUCCUUGUUGUUUGUGGUUCACCAUUAUCUCCCAAUAUGACUUCUUUCAGAACUUGUCAUGGUAGUAUGUAGAGUAUUUAUUUAGUCCCUCAUUUUACCAUUACCUUGUUGUGUUGUUCUUUUGGUCUCACUGGUAUUUGUCCAAUUCCAAAAAGGUUGUGGCAGACAGCAUCUUCUCUUAUUUUGGUGAUGACUGGGAGUAAAAUUGUGUAAAGUACCCUUGUUCUUUGCUGUAAUCUGCAAGGGACUCUUUAAUUUUUUUAACCUCAUCAAACUGCAAAUGCUGGAAAUUUAAAAUAAAAAUAGAAAAUGUUGGAAACACCAGCUGGGCCAGGCAGUCACUGCCAGAAGGGAAACAGUGAAUGUUUCUGGUCAGAGACUUUUUACAUCUGUCUCGGAGAACAGAUGAGGGACUACUUUAAGGAAUCAUAUAUUGUAUAGUAUAGCAAUGGGCCCCAUUGUCCUACCACAAGAAUGCUGACAUGUUUACAUAGCAACACUAAUUCAAUUUGCCUGCAUUGGAUCCAUAUCACUCAUUGCCUUGCUGAUUGGAGUGUCUGUCUGAAUGCCUAUUAAACAUAGUAAUUGUACCUGAAUCCACCAUCUCCUCUGGCAGUGUGUUCCAGAUAUCACCACUCCCUAUAUAAAUAUCUUUCCCCUCAGAUCCUCAUUUAAACUCUUUCGUCUAACCUUAAAUCUAUAGCCUCUUGUUUUUCAUAUCCAUACCAUGGGGUAAUUCAUUCUGACCAUCUACCCUAUCUAUGCAUUUCAUGAUUUUACAUGCUUCUAUUAAGUCACCCCUCAGCCUCCUUUACUUCAGGGAAAACGAACCCAGCCUAUUGCUUAUAUCCUACCCCUACUUGACUUCAUAUUGCACAUGUCAGGAUUAGAUUGCAUCUGCCAACACUCUACUGAGCUUUCCAUCUGAUCUAUAUCCUGUUGUACCUAUCCAUAAUGUAACCAACAACCAAGAUGUGUGGAAUAAGUGUCAAAGGCUAGAGAUGAAAAGGAGACAGAAGGGUGUAAGAUAAGGAGAGAAACAGCGUGAUAUGUGAAACCAGAGGGAGGGAUAGAGGUGGAAGGGAGCAGGAGAACGUUCAUGUGAUAGUAGAAGAAUUAGGCCAUUCGGCCCAUCAAGUCUACUCCACCAUUCAAUCACGGCUGAUCUAUCUUUCCCUCCUUACCCCAUUCUCCUACCUUCUCCCCAGAACCCCUGACACCCGCAUUAAUCAAUGAUAAGGUUAUGGGAUAGUGGAGGAAAUGCACCUGGGUGGGAGGCUUAGAGUAGAAGGGGUGGGUGGGUGGAGUGGUGUUACCUAUAAUUGGGGAAUUCAAUUGUCAUACGGUUAUGUUGUAAGCGACCUGAGUUGGAUAUGAGUUAAAAAGCACUUUGGGCGUGAUGUUUUUAAUUUCACUUUCCUUGCUGGAAGGAGCGGUGUGAUUGAUUGGGUAUCACGUGGUGAGGCUCAGCUGGUUGUAGGUAGGGUCCGUGUGGCGUGGACAUGUACUGUGUUGCAAACAACACUCUCAGCGUGAUCAGCGCCUGGACUUUUGACACGUAGCCGACCAGUGACUCACUUGUCCUCUUUUUUUCUCCCCACACACAAAACAUGUGCAUGUCUUCACGAAUGGAGUGGGCGGAGCGAAAGGGGGGAGGUUUGAAGCUGUUAUAGGAUCUUUGGUUUGAAGCUGUACGGGAAUCGAAACGUAAAGUAGAUUGAUACUUCACCCUUUCCUUGAGGACGCAGGAGGAAUAGCUGGUUGUUUCUUGUUGAUGGACGAGUAUAUUGAAUGCAACGCAGAACCUAGGUCUCUUUUGGUUGCAAAGCUUGUACCCAACCGAUCUCCUGAAUUGGAUUUUAAAUCUGGCUGUGAAACUUGGGGUGUGGCAUUUUCACCCGACGGCUCGUACUUUGCCUGGUCACAAGGAUACAACAUCGUAAAAUUGAUUCCUUGGCCACUUGAAGACCGCAGAAUAAGCCAUAAAAUUGCAAGUCGUCUAAAAUUGGACAGAAAAGGAAGAAGUCAAUGUGGGGAAAAGAUAAUCGAUUGUGGUCAGAAUGUGUGGGGGUUAGCAAUUGGUGCACCCCAGCCUGAGAAUGGAGGUCGGUCGACAGUGAACCAAAGCAAAUGUGUGUCUCGGAUCUCGGGGAUGGUCCUCGCCACAGGUCUUGCCAAUGGAGAAAUCAAACUGUGGGAAGUGCCUUCUGCACAUCUACUUUUCAAUUUAAAAGGACAUCAGUCUGUGGUGAGGAGUAUUGCUUUUAUCUCCAAUGAAAACUUCAUGCUGGUCUCUGCAUCACGAGACACGACUUUGCGGGUGUGGGACCUACAACAGGGCGGUAAUCUACUGCAUUUAUUAGAUGAUCACAGAGAAUGGGUCUAUUGUUGUGCUGUGUCUCCUGACUCGAGCAAGCUUUGCUCCGUGGGAGGAGGAAAGACUUUGCAGGUUCUCCUGUGGAGCACAAUUUCGUAUACAGUGAUUCGGAAACUCGAAGGACAUAAUGCUGAUGUAGUUUCGUGUGAGUUUUCCCCUGAUGGAGCUUUAUUAGCAACUGCAUCGUAUGAUACACACGUAAUCAUAUGGGACCCACACACUGGAGAAAGCCUGAUGAAGCUGAGACACUGUUCACCAGCUGCUGCUACUCUGGAUGUCGAUGAUGGUUUCAGGAGUGCCUUUGUACGAGCAGUCUCAUUUUCCCAGGAAGGUCUAAAUCUUGCCUCGGUGACUGAUGAUAGAUUGCUGAGAAUUUGGUCCUUGGAUUUACAAAGGCCAAUAACAGUUGCCCCUCUGGCCAAUGGCUUGUGUUGUACAUUCUCUCCACAUGGUGGUGUACUGGCUACAGGGACACGAGACGGUCAUGUUCAAUUCUGGACUGUAUCGAGGGUCCUGCCAACUCUACAACACAUUUGUCGCAGUACUCUACGCCAUGUGAUGUCAACCCAGCAGAUUAUGCUCUUGCAAAUGCCAAAGAAGAUAAAAGAGUUUUUAACUUACAAGUCAUUUUAGACUUUCACAAAUGGGGUGUAAAUUACCCAAGGAAACGAUAAUUGUCAUAUCGGACAAUUCGCUGUAAAUUAAAAACAAAACAAGUUUUUGAUGUGCAUUUGUUAUUAGAAUUCUCUACAAUUAUGCCACAAUAUUACAGUCAUCAAAAGACCUCUUUUAUAUCCUUACAAUUACAUUUUAAAAGUGAUUGCUGUUCAAGAAUCCCCUUGACUCGGAUAUUGAUUGGCCCACUGAGGUCCUCCCAACAGUUUGAUGUUUUUUUUGCUCCUAAUUCCAGCAUCUGUAGUCUUUCUCAUCUCAAGAAUAUUUUUGUCUACCUUGUGAACUUUUAAUAUUUAGAAUAGUCACAAUCUAGCAAAUGUGCUUACAUUGUCACUCCGUUUAUAGUUUUGUUUUGGGGGAAUAUGAUUUGUCAUAUAUUUGAAACUUAAUUGCUCUAGAGUAACAAAUCACAGAAAUGUUCUAUUCUUUUGAUUCCACAUUGAUGAAAAACACUUUCUCCUUCCCAACCCCUCCCCUCAAACCAUGGACUACAUCAUGAUUAAAAGUUAGGUUCAAUAAAAACAAAAAAAACUGCUACACUCUGCAAUGCCCGAUUGUAUCUGUAACAUUGCAGGUUGAAACCUCAUUACAAGAUGUUAGGUACUGGGUAAUUUAUUUUAAUUCAUUUAUCUAGAAAGACUGCGGCACAUCCUUAUUACAUUAUUUAAUUUAUUACUUUAUGGAUAUUGAUUAAAUGUUUUGAUGACGCUGAAAAAUGAUCCUAAAUUUAUCUUGACUCAUUUGUAACUUCUCCUAUAAGCUGGUUAAAGUGAUAAUAAUUUGAUUUACCUUUAUCUUUUUACAUGAUUGGAAUGUCUUUGCAAAUGCUAACCAUAACCAUUUAAUGUUUAACGGUUGUAUUUGGUUAAUGUUCCUUCAUUUGUUCUCAUUUAGUUUUUAAUUUUACUUUCACUUUAGAUCAUUUGCCCUGGAAUUAGAUAGUCGUAUAAAAGUAAAUUGGUAAUUUUCAUAGCAAUAUGAUUCCAAUAUGGGAAGUGCACAGUUUAAAAGAUUAAUUUAUGGAUUUUUAAUUCCAAUUUUAUUUGAAUGUUAAGCCUGACGUAUGUAAGAAUUUUGAUUUGUAGAAUUUUACAGUAAAGAAAUUAGUGCACACUAUGUGACUUAAUACACCUGUAUUCAUCUGCCUUCUACUUCUGCACUUCCAUUGUUUGCCAUGAUGUGGUUUUAAUCCCUGGUUUUGGAAUUGAAAGUAACAAAUAUAGAUCAAAUAAAGGAAAUAAAUUGGGAGAAGUUUUUUGUAGUUUUGCUGAACUUGCCAACCAAUGGUACUAAAAAUGGAAUGGGUUUGCCCUUUCAUAAUUUUUUAGGUGUGACAACUAUGCACGUCAUAUAGAAUUAAACUAUGUAUCACAUUUUGGGAUACAAUCAUUCACAAUUUUAUAGUUCUCCAGCAUCUAAGUGCCCUCCAUUUUCAGUAUGAUUUAACAUACUAAUUGUCUUAAGAGGCUUAACUUUCUGUAUAAACCUAUUUAAAAUAUAAUAUUUUUUGUACAUUUAUCUAAUAAAGAUAUGCUUUGAAUGCACGUCAGCACUUUAAAGACACUGUUGCCAUUUUAAGCUAAACAAUUGUUACAAUUUUUUUUGCUCAAUUCUCUCCACAUUAUCAGUCUUUGUCACAGUCUCCUCCUCCCACUACCAACACUCCAGUUUCUGCUUGAAAUGAUCGCUGCAAAGAAUUGUAUUUACCCUUGCCAAUUGAUUCCAUUCGUCUUGUCCCAUAUUACCUUUGUCCUUGGCUUCAAGUCAAUCCAUGCUCUCGCUGCUCACAAGGGCUGGUUUAUCCAUUCUUCUUCUAGUCAUCAUUGUGCUCUGAACAAACCUGCUGCUCAUUACUAUUUCACAGUUUUUUAAACUCAACCUCCCUUUGGUCCUCUGCUUUCUUGCUUUGCUUCUCCACAGCGGGGGGGAAAAGCCAAGGAUUAGGCAUUUCUGUCCAAUCCUGUGGAAUUCAGAUCUUGUUUCAUGCAAGUUAUCUUAAGUGAAAUACAACGUGUUUGGAAGCAGAAUCAGAGGUGAAGAGUGCGGAACAAGUUCUGCAGCUGUUUAUGAAAUACUACAGGUACUACAUUUGAACAAACACUAACUGCUACAGUAUGCAAGCUAGCUUGGCAUCCUCAUGCAGAAUUGUAGAAUAUCUAAAAUAAAAAUCUUGCGUUAUGGUUUAUUGAAAAUGUAGGUUUUUAAUUAUUGUAAGACAUAGAACACUUUUAAUAAUCUGCCAAUGCCUAUUAAUUCAGCAAAUGUAUUAAUUUAACAGGCUGACCUUGGGUAUCUAAAUUUAACAAUUAUGCCAGAUAAUGCAACACAUUUUAGCAUUUAUACCAUUUUCAGCAACUUAAAUUCCAAUCCUUGUGAAUAAUUAAAUAUCUUGCUACCGUAAGGAAUUAUUGAAUCAGGCAGUACAGAGAUUUUUUAUUCACUCUCCCUUUAAAUGUUUGGCAAGAGAGGUUUAUACUAAGAUUGAAGAAAGAUGAGAAGACCAUAAAUGCAAGCAGGGUCCAGACCCAAAACUUUGUUCCCCAUUUCCUCCACAAAUGAUGCCACUGCAUUCCUCCAGCAUUUUGUGUUCUGCUCUAAUAUUUUAGUCGUUGAUGUUUUAUGUGUCUCCAUUAGUUUAGAUCUGUGUUGUAAUGCUAUGUAAUCUUAGA